UUUGUGUAUUUGCAGGUAUGCAAGAUCAAAAGAUUGAGAAAGAAGAAAAGUUCAGAGAGCAAGUUGAGAGAAGGAAGAAGAAGGAAUAGUAUCUCAUUUCAAAAGUAUCUCACAACGGCUACAAAUACAGACAUAUAUGGAAGACAAAGUACAUACUUGUCGUACAGUUGAAAAAGACUAAAACAUAUUAAACUAGUAUUGGGCCAAACAUGUAUGACCCAAUAAGGAGAACAAAAGGGUUGAACCCAAAUAAGAAACAUAACUAUAAGGCAUGAAGCCCAAUAACCAGAUAAACAAAAGGCCUACAAGUAGGAGGCCCGUGAAGAGAAUAAAACCUAAAAUAGAAUUGUGCACAGCGGAGAAGAUAAGCAAGCAGCAGAGACAAGGAGAUGCUUUCACCCCCCCGCAAGUUGAACGUGAGUGGAGUGAUCAAGGAUUGAUCCAUCAAUCAGGUUCAACUUGGUGAUCAAGUAUUGAAGGCGGGAAGAAGACAUAGGUUUGGUAAGAAGAUCUGCCGGUUGGUCUUCAGUCUUGAGGUAUGCAAGAUCAAAAGAUUGAGAAAGAAGAAGAGUUCAGAGAGCAAGUUGAGAGAAGGAAGAAGAAGGAAUAGUAUCUCAUUUCAAAAGUAUCUCACAACGGCUACAAAUACAGACAUAUAUGGAAGACAAAGUACAUACUUGUCGUACAGUUGAAAAAGACUAAAACAUAUUAAACUAGUAUUGGGCCAAACAUGUAUGACCCAAUAAGGAGAACAAAGGGUUGAACCCAAAUAAGAAACAUAACUAUAAGGCAUGAAGCCCAAUAACCAGAUAAACAAAAGGCCUACAAGUAGGAGGCCCGUGAAGAGAAUAAAACCUAAAAUAGAAUUGUGCACAGCGGAGAAGAUAAGCAAGCAGCAGAGACAAGGAGAUGCUUUCAGAGCUCUCUAACUGAAGCUAAACUCUUGUCAUUGACCAGUCCGCGCUUAGCAUCAUCAUGGAGGACCUCCCAGAAGAGAUCGAUGUUUCUGGAUUUGCUAAUAACGUCGAGCAUCUUGUUGUUGGAAGAGGUGGAGGUAUGCGAGAAGAGAGGAUCGGAAUGGGUGUAGAGGAACAAGCGGUAGACAGGACGCCAGGAGUAGGGGAAUGAAUUGCAGACUUGGAGGAGGAAUUCGUGGGUGAGGUUGAAGGGGCAGGAGGAGAGGCUGUCGUGGAGGCGGGAAUCCGGCGAGUUCUACCGUUGGUAGAGGAUAGUGCAUACCCGGAGGAGGUGGUUUUGGUCCACUGGAGUUGGUGGUGAAACGGUGGUAGUAGUUGUCGUCGAGAGGUGUAGGUGGAGGUGAGGCUUUGCGAGUUUUAAUCGUCUGAUAGCUAUUUGUGCGUUCCUUCUUUCAAAAAAAAUCGAACGGUACAGAUCGUCUUUCUUCCUCACAAGUUGCUCGACCUUUAACACCCCCUUCCCUCCCUAUUUAACUCCGCCCUUUUCCUCUCCAAUUCAUUUUUACCGUCUCUCUCCCGACUUUUUUUCUUCUUCUGUGAUGGUGUGUGAUUCUGUGUUUUAUCGGUAAUCUCUCUCUGCAAUGUCGAUCGAGAAGGAGAGAGAGACUCAUGUUUACAUUGCCAAGCUCUCCGAACAGGCCGAACGUUACGAAGAGAUGGUUGAGAGCAUGAAAAGUAUUGCCAAACUUGAUCUUGAGCUGACUGUGGAGGAGAGGAACCUUCUAUCUGUCGCCUACAAAAAUGUGAUUGGUGCCAGGAGAGCUUCUUGGCGCAUUAUGUCUUCAAUUGAGCAGAAGGAAGAGUCCAAAGGAAAUGAGCACAACGUUAAACUGAUAAAGGGUUACCGUCAGAAGGUUGAGGAGGAACUCUCCAAGAUUUGUGGUGACAUCCUCACCAUCAUAGACAAGCACCUGAUCCCUUCUUCUACAUCAGGAGAAGCUACAGUGUUCUACUACAAAAUGAAAGGUGAUUAUUAUCGUUAUCUUGCUGAAUUCACGGCUGACCAGGAAAGAAAGGAAGCUUCUCAGCAGUCUUUGAAGGGUUAUGAGGCUGCUUCCAGCACUGCAAACAUGGAACUCCCUUCAACCCACCCAAUUCGUCUUGGCCUUGCCCUUAACUUCUCGGUCUUCUACUAUGAGAUCAUGAAUUCUCCUGAGAGGGCGUGCCAUUUGGCUAAACAAGCUUUUGAUGAGGCAAUUGCUGAGUUGGAUACUUUGAGUGAGGAAUCAUACAAAGACAGCACCCUGAUUAUGCAGUUGUUGAGAGACAACCUCACUCUAUGGACUUCUGAUUUGCCCGAAGAUGGAGGUGAAGAAAACAUCAAAGGUGAAGAAUCCAAACCUGCCGGAGGCGAGGCACAGCACUGAAGUUUUUGCACAUGGCAAUUGGAUGUUAGACUACUUUGCAGAGAUGGCUGUUUUAUUAUUGUUUCUCACAAAAGAGAUCCGUGCAAAGCCAUGAACAGCAUAGACAGGAUUUGAUGAUUUUGAGUCUUUCAAACUCCAGAUGAUGAGAUUGAUCAAUUUCUUGCCCUUUUUUCCUAGAAAAGAGAACUAAUUUUACCUUCUCUUUUGCUUUUCCUUCUACUUUAUGUUCGUUUAUGUGAACUUGUCAUAAGGUUAUUGAUCUUUUAUAGAGUUAUCUAUAUUUUAACUUUCAUU